GCGUGCUGCUACUCAUUGUAGAUUGUAUUAUACGUGUAGUACGGUUGUUCCGUUUUAACGAAUAUAUUAAUUAAUCGAUGUUACGGUUUAUUUUCCACGGUUUAUGUGAUUCGGUAUCAGUGUUUUAUUAAACGAUCGGCCGUUCGCGUUGCUGAGUGUAUAAAGUUCGUUCCGGAAGCCAGGCAAUCGCUCUUCGUAGGAGAUUAUUUUGUACUGGCAGGUGUUUCGUUGUCAUAACGGAUGAAAUGAAUAUUUUUCUAUGGAAAGGUCGUUUCACCUUGCUUAAGAAACCGCUAGUACCCAGUGCUCGUUCUAUCACCGGUGAACUAUUCAAUUCUAUCACCGAUUAGUUUAACAUAGUAAUUGUUCAUCGCGGGAUCACGAACUAACGCUGGAUCCGUACACACUACAACUGCAUCUUGGAGGAUACAAUUUUAGGUCAAAUCAAAUCAAAAGAGAAACAUGUAUAACGGAAGGUAACAGUCGGUGGAGAUUCAGCCAUGGCCAAUAGAAAGGACAAAUCAAAUUCAGUGGGCUUCCUGGACACAUGGUUCGGCCGGCCAAAAAAAUCCGGGCGUGGAGGUGGGGUCAGAAGUGGUUCGGGAAACAACACGAUACCCCGGCCUCACUCCGGCGAUGAUUUCAACGAGAUCGAACAGCAACGUUGUAUAAUCGAGAGGAUGGACAAGGACAUGGUGAACGACAAGUUCGAGGAAAUGCUGGCCAAUAUGAAUCUUACCGAGGAGAAGAAAGAGCCUCUGAGGCAGCAGUCGGAGGCGAAGAAAAAGGAGAUGCUCGUGCUGCAUUACAAAGGUAGUAUACAGGAGAACAGGUCGAAGUUCGACAAGCCGGCGGAUUAUAUACAAUAUCUGGCGCAACUCGACUUGAGCGUUAACAAGAUCUACAACUGCGUCGAGUCAUUAAGAAUAGCGCUGACGAACAAUCCCCUGAGCUGGGUCCAAGAAUUCGGCACGAAGGGCUUGAAACAGGUUUUAGCCACGCUCAACGAAUGCUAUCGGAAUGCCUUCAUAUAUUACGAUAGUGACAACCGAUACGAGCGUAUACAAUACGAAUGCAUCCGAUGUUUGAAGGCCAUUAUGAAUAACACCGUCGGCAUAAAAGAGAUGUUGGCGCAUCACGAGGCGCUGACGAUCGUUGCCAGAUCUUUGGAACCGACCAAGCCAUCGGUGAUGUCGGAGGCCGUGAAGUUGCUCGGUGCCGUUUGCCUUAUUUCCAGCGACAGCCAUAAAAAAGUUCUGGACGCGAUCACUAUGAACGGCGAAUUUAAAGGGAGCGAAAGAUUUUUACCGAUUGUACAGGGCUUAAUGAAUAAGAAGAACGAGAACCUAAGGGUGGAGUGCCUUCAACUCAUCAAUUCCAUAAUCUCCUCGGCGGAGGAACUAGACUUUAGAUUGCAUCUGCGAAACGAAAUUAUGCGAGUCGGGCUGUCGAAUAUUUUGGAAACGUUGGAGAAAGACGACUCGGAAGAUCUGGCUAGGCAUUUGAAGAUCUUCAAUGAACACAAAGAGGAGGAUUACGAAGAGUUCGUGCAGAGAUUCGAUCACGUCAGAUUAGAGCUGGACGAUGUGAACGAUUGUUUCGAAGUGAUUAAGAACAUGGUGAUGGAAACGUCUGCCGAACCGUAUUUCUUGUCGAUACUUCAGCAUCUGUUGUUCGUCAGGGACGAUGCUUUGGUGAGGCCAGCGUAUUAUAAACUGAUAGAGGAAUGCGUGUCGCAAAUAGUGUUGCAUCGAUCAGGCUGUGAUCCAGAUUUCAGCGCGACCAAGCGCUUUCAAAUCGAUGUUCAACCGCUGAUCGACACGCUGGUAGAGAAGUCGCGAGUGGAGGAGGAGAGACGUCUAGUCGAGGUGUCGCAGAAAUUGGAAGAAGCGAUCGCGAGUAAGCAAGAGACGGAAGCGAAGCUGCAACACGCGGAGAACAAGAUCAGGGAGCUGGAGCAAGGAGGGGCUAGAACGACGACUAGUAAUACGAAAAUAUCGAUGGGUGAUAAAGCGGCUCCUCCGCCACCGCCACCGCCACCAGGCGGAAUGCCACCGCCGCCGCCGCCGCCACCAGGUAUGGGUGGUCCUCGUCCACCUAUGCCGCCACCUCUUCCGGGAGGAGGACCACCGCCACCGCCGAUGCCUGGUAUGCCGCGGGGACCGGCACCUCCGCCGAUGCCAGGCAUGGGAGGACCACCGAUGCCACCUGGUCUCAUGCCGCCAGCUAUGAACAUUCCACAGCCACUUCCUCUGGGAUUAAAACCGAAGAAGAAGUGGGAAGUCGACGCGCCGUUGAAACGAGCGAAUUGGAAAGCGAUUCUCCCGCAUAAACUCACCGAGAAAUCGUUUUGGGUGAAAGUGCAAGAGGACAGAUUAGCCAAUCCCGAAAUAUUGGAUGGUCUGGCUCAAAAGUUCGCAUCGAAACCGAGCGGAAAGAAGGUUGACGACGUCGUGGAUAAAUCGACUCCUUCGAAGAAAGUGAAAGAUCUGAAGGUGUUGGAUGGAAAGACUGCUCAGAAUAUUCUUAUUCUUCUCAAUGGUACUUUGAAACAUGUGUCGUACGAAGACGUGAAGUCUUGUUUGCUCAAGUGCGAAGGGCCUGUGAUCUCCGAUAAUAUACUUCAGGGACUGAUACAAUAUUUACCGCCGGCCGAUCAGCUGACGAAAUUGCAAGCCUAUAAAGAUCAAUACGAUGACCUAACUGAGGCCGAACAAUUUUGCAUCACGAUAUCGACCAUCAAAAGGCUAUUGCCGAGAUUAAGAUCGUUAAGUUUCAUGCUGCAUUACGAAGAACUGGUGCAGGACGUGAAGCCGGAUAUAGUCGCGGGUACAGCGGCUUGCGAAGAAGUAAAGUGCAGCAAGAAGUUCGCCAGAAUUCUUGAAUUAAUAUUACUACUCGGUAACUACAUGAAUUCCGGCUCGAAGAACGGUCAAGCUUUCGGAUUUGAAAUCAGUUUUCUAACCAAGCUGACCAGCACGAAAGAUAUCGAUAACAAGCAGACUCUGAUGCAUUAUUUGGUGGACACGAUAGAAAGACAAUUUCCGGAGUGCAUAAAUUUCUCGGAAGAGCUGGCGCACGUAGACAGGGCGAGCCGAGUCUCUUUGGAAAAUGUUCAGAGAACGUUGCGGCAAAUGGAGUCGAACAUUCGGAACCUUGAGCAAGAUAUAUCGAACGCAAAAAUUCCGCAGUCCGACAAGGAUUACUUUCUGGACGUUAUGGGCCCGUUCGCGAAGAAAGCACGAGAGUCUUACGAGGUUCUGCAGAACAUGUUCAAAAACAUGGACAGCUUGUAUACGGAGAUCUCGGAAUUCUUUUCCUUCGACAAGCAAAAGUACACGAUCGAGGAAUUCUUCGGCGACAUAAAGACGUUCAAGGAUGAUUUCACGCAAGCUCAGAAGGAGAUAAUCAAACUGCGGGAGAGCGAGGAGAAACAGAGGAGAGCGAGAGAGGCGCGAGAGAAGGCCGAAGCGGAGAAAGCGGCACGGGCGGCACGGAAACGAGCGCUAGUCGAUAUGAACGCGCACGAAACGCAGGAGGGUGUUAUGGACAGUCUAAUGGAGGCUCUUCAAACUGGUUCCGCGUUCAGUCGACCGGAUCAACGACGCAAACGUCAGACACGCGCCGCUGGUGCAGAGAGAAGAGCACAGCUUAAUAGGAGUCGAUCGCGUACGGGAUUAGUCGGGACUGGUUUACUGGGAAGAGAACUUUCAACAGAACUUUUAAGCUCGGCAUAAUCCAUGGAAUAAUCCUGUUUCCGUCCUAAACUCGAAUCUGUGAUGGAUCGUACUUUUUGUUCUCUAAACGAUGAACCAGUGAAAGCGAAAUGCUUGUUAACACAGUUUGCGGAUUAGGAGAGUAAUUUGGCGAGGUCCUCCCUUUGCGAACAGCCGCCAUUUGGAGUAAAACGAUCCCCUGUAAAAUAUCACGUUUUAUACAUAAUUCUGUACAGAAGGACGUUGAAUGGUUCACCAUCGAUGAGAGAACAUUCGAAAAACUAAUUUAGCUACGAUUUUUCUACCAAAAUUUUUUAAACCUGCCGGUCCGUUUUUCAACCGGCACGGGGUAUGUCCGAGAAGAACACACGCACAUUUUGCUAUUGCGAAAGACGAUUGCGAUGUAAAUAUGCUGUAUAGGUUUGGCGUGUUUUGCCCGUGUCGUCGCAGCGUGUGUACAGAGUCACGUUGUAUUGUACAUACGGCUUCUUGUCUUUCGUUCGACGUUUGUCGUCCAACAGCCUGACCUCCCCGAGCACGAUGGCGAUCGCGUGAACCGCGUAUUCGAUAAAUCGACUGCUUUUAUUCGGGAAACCUUUCAAAGCCCGUGCCAAAACGAUGACGACGAAGAAGUGCACGAGAAUCGUGCGUUUAUUAAUUUAUUUUCCACCAAGCGAACCGCCAUAGUUAAUUGGCAAGCUCGGUCGUUUUCUACAGUAAGACUUCUGUCAAUUAUUUUAACAAUUAAAAAAAUAUAUAUAUAUAUGUAUAUACAUAAACUGCAAUUACACUCGAUCCAGUUACGGAGCUCCUCCUCCUAUCGAUUAAGGAAAUAUUUCAACGGACACGAAACGUCAACGUAAACGAGAGACCAUUACUUUCUCGCGAAUCUCGAAUUCGACGACUGUUUAUAUUGUAACUACGCCUAACAUUAAGAAAGACCAUUUGUAUUUAUAUUGUGAAUACAUGCAUUUAGAAUACAUCUCGA